GUCACUCGCAGCCAAUCAGAAUGCAGCGGUGAGGAAACGGGCCAUUUAACAACCAUCUCAAACAUUUCACCUUUUUCUGCUGCUUCCUAUUGUCCCGGUUGAUUCCCGGUUUGAAUUGAGUGUCCGCAACCAGCAGCCUCCACGGUGUUUCACACUUUAGAACCUCGGCUUUCCUCGGUGGUCGGUGUUUGUGUCGACAGACAGUCACACCCUCAGAAGUUCACAAGGCAGCACCGCAGCCCCAAUCCCGAGCAGCCUUCCCCGUUUCAGACGCUUUAGAACCGAUGGCUUAUCCAGGAUACGGCGCCGGUCCCGGUGGAGCUCCAGCACCGGAUCCUCUCUAUGGAUAUUUCUCAGCUGUCGCUGGACAGGAUGGACAGAUCUCAGUGGACGAGCUGCAGCGCUGCCUCACGCAGUCCGGCAUCUCUGGCUCAUACAAACCUUUCAGCAUGGAGACCUGCAGACUGAUGAUCAGCAUGCUGGAUAGGGACGGCUCCGGCACCAUGGGCUUUAAUGAGUUCAAGGAACUGUCGCAGGCUCUGAACGGCUGGAAGAAUACCUUUGCAUCCUACGACCGGGACCGCAGUGGAACAGUGGAGGGCCCUGAGAUGCAGCAGGCCAUCAACACCAUGGGUUACAACCUGAGCCCUCAGGCCAUGAACGUCAUCAUGAACCGCUACAGCACAAGCGGCAGAAUCGCCUUUGAUGAUUUUGUGAGCAGUUGUGUAAAACUCCGUUGCCUGACCGAUCAUUUCCGAAGAAGAGACACAAACCAAAGUGGCACGGCCAUGUUUCAGUACGACGACCAUCAGCAGGCUGUUUUCAGCCAACAAGCUGAUAGAAGAUAAACCGACUGUGCACUACCUGCUCAGAAACACACAGCAGACACACACAGAGACUAAAAUGAUAUGAUAAAGGUAUUUUUCUGAGCAGUUGGUGGAGACCAAACCAGAGCUAAAAGGAGAGGGAAUAUGCCGGAUCAUUGUUUGCUAACGCUCACAUAAACAACUCCUAUUACAACAGAAACCCAUUAAUGUAGCUGUAAACAGAACAACAGGUGUGUUCGACCAUCUUCUGAUGAAUGGUGUUUUAGAUGACUGCUAGAUAAUUGAGAGUUGUGUGAUAACACUGGGUGUAUUUCUCUCU